AUGACGGGCGCGAUCGGAGCUCCAAGUAGACUUUCGGCUGCUCCCGCGCGUCAACCUUAUCUAACGGGCUUCCUUUCCAUUCGCAACGCUCUCGCCAUUUAUCUCGCCAUAAAUCCCGACACCCGGGCAUCCAUUAGACAAUACGCAGCAUUUUCCGGGUUCAUUUUCUCCGCGAUGCACGAAUAUUUGCUCUACUCGCAAAUACCCGCGACGCGCGAAUCUCAAGUGCUCCAACUGUUGGCAGGCGUAACUGCGGCUCAACCUGUCGAUGUCUACGAGCAGACCUUAAUCUAUGCUCAGCAAAAGAUACCUGAAGUUGCGGUCAACAAAAAGGUAAGACAUGUCUGUCCAACGCCCUGGACCUUUCAAAUAUACUCGGGACGCUUGCUAACUCUGCGCAGACAAAGCAGCCUCAGCAGAAGAGGGACCCCACGCACCACAAGCUUGUACGCGACAUCAGUCCUACCAACCUGGCACCCGGACCGUGGCGAAUCCGGAUAGAAGAAACUCCUGAGCCUGGCGUGCAAACCCUCCUAUCUCGUGGUGUCACAGAGCGUGUUGCCGAAAAUGCCGACCUUGAUCAUCUGAAAAGCUCGGAUUGGUAUCAAUAUAAGCAGCAGCUGACGCAAAUCGGCAAGCAGUUUGUCCAAGGCAAUGUGGUUAUUCGCAUUGUCCGAUAUUAUACCAUCGCGGCGGGGUCGACGGAGACCGAGCCACUGCAUGCGCCCCUGCCUGCAAAAGAUGACCUGAGAUUGCUGGAUGUCAGUGGUGGCUGUGUUGUUCAAGCAGUUGUCCGUGUGGAGAACCUCUCAAAUUCGAAUAUCACCGACAAGGCGAAGAAAGAGCUCUCUGCUUUCCAAGCGUAUCUAGAAGGUGCGGUGAAUCUAUCGGCUCCCGAUCGUCUCGCUCUCGACACGCGCGUCAAGGUCAAAGCUUAG